AACCUCUCUUCCCCUAAAACGCAUGUCGUUUCUUCACUCUUCUAUUUCUUCAAUCCAUGCUCGCAUUUUUUCUCUCUUCUCUUCGUACUCGUUCCAUCCUCUUCUAGGGUUUUAGGUUUACACUUCAACUUCGAUGCAUUUUCUUUCUUUCAAUCUUUGUUUUUCUGUUACAAUUUCGUUUCGUUUUUAUACUCCUCGCUGAUCUGAUUUCUUUCAUUCAAUUCAAGAUUAUUGUGGAUUUGCGCAAACAAACUGUUAUACUGAGAAAUUUUGAAUUGAUAAUUUGUGUUGUUCAUUUCAUGUGAUUUUUGUGUUGUUCAUUUCGUUUUGUUCCUUUUUUUUUGUUAGUUAGGGUUUUUGAAUUUAUAACUGUGAAAUUGUGGGUGAGGAACUGAGGGGGAAAACUAGUUCUCAUUAUUCUUUGUAUUGUAUGAAUGGAAUCUUGAUUGACACUUACAAUGCACUUUGGUAUUUAGGGUAUGUUUGGAUUAACUUAUUUGAGCUUAUCUACUGUCAUAAGUUUUGUGAGAUUGUUUGGGAGGAGAACUGACGAAAAUAGCUUAUGAAAUUGUUCAUAAGCUGUUUUCAGAAGUUCUCAAAAAUAGAUUAUAAAAACAGCUUAUAGUUAUAACUUAUACAGAUUUUUUUUUCCUCUUCAUUUUAUCUUUUGCUAUAGACAGCAAAUAAGCUGUUUAUCCAAACAGGGCCUUAUACCAGAUGUGUCUAACUGAUUCAAUAAGUUCGUUACAAGGCAGAUUUUGUUACAGUUGUAUCAUUGUAUGUCUUAUAGAGCUUAUCUCUGUAGUCUAUUACAUAGUAGCAGAUUGACUGCGGUACAAGUAUAGUUGCAUGUGAUAUUUGUGUUGCCCAUUUCAAUUUAUCCCUUUUUUUGUUGUUGUUAGUUUAGGGUAUUUGAAUUGAUAACUGUUUGUCUUAACGAAGGAAUUUAGUAUUGCGGGUGUAUAGUAGGAUAUUGAUUGUGCUGCAAAAAAUGCAAUUUGUAGUUGGGAUUCUUUCUAAUUGCUUGUCAUAUUUGUGUUGCUCAUGUGAUUUGAUUUUAUCCUUUUUUGUUAGUUUAAGGUUUUUGAAUUGAGCACUGUAACUGUUAGUGUCUUAACAACUGAUUGUACUGCAAAUACAAGGAUGUAAUUCAGUAAGGCUAAUUGUAGCUAUUUGUGCACUGUAAAUGUUAAUUUAGGAAUUCAGCAAGACUAAUUGUAGUUAUAACUUGUGAGGUCAACGUGAAUUCAGUAAUCAGUUUGUGGUUUUAGAUCAGUAAGACACACUAUGGCAAAGAAGAAGAACCCCAUGGUGUUUAUGAAUGUGUCUAUAGAUGGGGAUCCGGGUGAAACAAUGGUUUUUGAGCUUUUCUAUGAUGUUGCUCCAAAGACUGCUGAAAAUUUCCGUGCACUGUGUACUGGAGAAAGAGGAGUCAGCCCCAAUACUGGAAAAGCACUGCACUAUAAGGGUUCUUUCUUCCAUCAGAUUGUAAAAGGCUCUAUUGUUAGGGGUGGUGAUUUUAUCAAUCGAAAUGGGACUGGUGGUGAAAGCAUAUACCCCAAGUUCCCAGACGAGUCUCCUAGGCUAAAGCAUGAUUCUCCUGGCCUUCUAUCCAUGGCAAUUGCUGACCGUGACACCCUCGGUUCACAUUUUAUCAUCACUUUGAAAGCUGAUCACCAUCUUGAUAGGAAGUAUGUGGUUUUUGGCAAGCUUGUGCAAGGUUAUGAUAUCUUGAAGAAAAUUGAAGAUGUAGGCGAUGAAGAAGGACUCCCAACCGUAACUGUUAAAAUAAUUAAUUGUGGUGAACUUAAUGAGGAUACAAAGAAGACACACAAGUUAAAAAUUGGAAGGAACAGAUCUUCUGAAAGGAAGGGAAAGCAUAAAAAAUCUUCAGGAGACAGAAGGAAAAAGAGAAAACAUUACUCAUCAGAAUCAGAUAGUUCCUCAGAUUCCGACAUUGAAUCUUCAUCAAGUGAAUCUUCAUUAAGUGAGAGUGACUCUGACUCAGAUGUGUCCUCGUCAUCUUACACAAGCUCAUCUAGUGAUGACAGGCGGAGGAAAAGAAAGAGAUCUAGGAAAGAUAAACGUAGACAUGGAAAAAGGAGAGAUAAACGUCGAGAAAAGCGGCGAAGAAAACAAGAUAAGAGAUCAAAACGUAAAUCAAGGAGGGAAUCAAGCAGUCGUACUGAUGCAGAUAUUGCAAGUAAGAUUGACGAUAGCUCCAAUGGCAAAGGUCUUGAUACUCAAGGGAUAAUUCCGAAGCAUAAAGAUCAUUCUCAGAGAGAUGCUGAAGUCCAGUCAUCUUCAGUUUUGGAGAAAGAAUUGCCUCCCAUGAGUCAUAAAAGGAGGGAGGGGGAUGACAUGCUAGGGGAGGAAGAAUUCCCAAAAGAAAACGGAGCGCAGCAUAGCAACGGCAUUGGGGUCAACUAUAGACCUGACAGAAGUGAAGAGAGGCAGCCUGAUGUGAUGGAUGAUAAUCCAGGAAAAUCUAGGAGUCGAAGCAUGAGCCCUAAGCAAACUGUGAGCAAGAGUAUGAGUAUUAGUCCCAAGUGUGUGUGCAAAAGCCCAAGCAUUAGUCCAAAAGGGAGGUUGAGCAGAAGUCCAAGUGGUAGUAAGAGCCCACAUGCUCCAUCACGGAGGAGUUUGAGCAGGAGUCCUGUUAGAAGCAUCAGCAGAAGCCCUUUGAGAGGGAGGAAGGGGAGAAGUAUCAGUAGAAGCCCUAUAAGAACACACAUUCAUAGAAGUGUCAGCAAGAGCCCUGUGAGAAUGUCAAGAAAGAGCAUCAGCAGGAGUCCAAUUAGAUCGUCUGCUAGAAGCCUCAGCAGAAGUUCUGGCCGAGUUCCUUUGAGAAACAUUAGCCGAAGUCCUGUCAGAAUGGCAAACAGAGGCAAUCACCGCAGCUAUUCCAGGAGUCGUAGUCCUGUUCGUAGUAGGGAAAGGACAACUCGUGAGAGGAGUCUGUCAAGGAGUGUGUCACCUGAUGCUUCACCAAAACGUAUCAGGAGGGGAAGAGGUUUCAGUGAACAAUACUCUUAUGCUAGAAGAUACAGAACACCCUCUCAGUCUCCUGUGAGGUACCGCUAUAAUGGAAGGAAUGACCGGGACAGAUAUUCAGGAUACAGAAGGUACUCCCCUAGACGUUUUAGGAGCCCACCGCCACGAAGAAGAACUCCUCCACCAAGGUACCGAAGUAGGAGAAGCAGGACACCAUCUGUAUCACGCAGCCCACCUUACCGAGCACGUCGGUAUAGCCCAAGCCCCAGCCCCAGCCCCAGCCCAAGCCCCAGCCCAGUUCGCAACCGCUCACCUGCUCGUAAGGAUAGGCGCAUGUCAUUAUCUCCCAGCAGGAGUCCAUCUCGAUCCAGGUCCAGGUCUCCAGUGGAAUCACAGUCUCCAAAAAAGGCAAGCAGAGAUAGGUCAAGGUCUUCCUCUAGAAGCUCAGAUGGAAAGAAAGGCCUGGUCUCGUAUGGAAAUGGCUCUCCUGAUUCACUUGAUAGGUGAAAUACCAAAUUCAGACUGUUCAGCGAAGCAGUCACCUUAAAUGAGCUGGAGGCUUUAAUUUUUUUUUUUAACUUCACAUACAGCUUUAUCUGCUUGCUGAAAUUAGUGAAUGUUACAUAUUCUUCAUGAACCAAGCUUGGGAAUUUAUUUCCCAUCGUAGGUACUAGAAUAAGUUUGAGACUAUACAUGUCAUACUCUAAUGCAGUUUUAUUUCCCAACUAAUCCUAAUAUAGGUGUGUGAAGAUAUUCUUUAGUAUUUCUCUAUAUUAAAUGCUUAAUAUUAUGGGUUUUUUCCA